UCCCGUUGACUGAGAAUCAGCUGAUGCUGGAGAGACAUUUAACGACUAAGAGACAGGCCGUGCUUAGCUUGGUACUGGAAGGUUUCGACUUUUUUGUUUUCCACUGAAAAUAAAGAUCUCAUAUUAGAAUAAACUCAAGCCUUCUGGCUGCUGCGAAUUCCUCUCUCAACCUUGGGAAUUUAAAAUCCUCUUACGAGAACAGGGACCAUGGCGCUCAGCGAUGCCGACGUGCAGAAGCAGGCAGAGGAGGAGUUUAACAUCGAGAAGGGUCGGCUAGUUCAGACCCAGAGGCUGAAAAUUAUGGAAUACUAUGAGAAGAAGGAGAAACAGAUUGAGCAGCAAAAGAAAAUUCAGAUGUCCAAUCUAAUGAAUCAAGCCAGAUUAAAGGUUUUGAAGGCUCGUGAUGACAUGAUUGCGGACCUAUUAAAUGAGGCUCGCCAGAGGCUUGCUAAUGUAGCCAAAGACCCAGCCAGGUACACAGCCCUAAUGGAUGGACUUAUUCUGCAGGGCUUUUACCAACUGUUGGAGCCAAAAGUGACCAUCCGCUGUCGCAAGCAGGAUUUGGCUAUGGUGCAGGCAUCUGUUCAGAAAAAUAUCCCCAUUUACAAAGCUGCCGCAAAGUGCAACAUUGAGGUCCACAUUGACCAAGACAACUUCCUUUCUCCUGACAUCUCUGGUGGUAUUGAAAUCUACAAUGCAGAUGGGAAGAUCAAGGUGUCCAACACCCUGGAGAGCAGACUGGACCUCAUGGCUCAACAGAUGAUGCCUGAGAUCCGAGUAGCUCUGUUUGGGGCAAACCAGAACCGCAAGUUCUUGGACUAAUGGUCAUCAAAGAGCAUGAGAAGACAGUGCUUCUCAACAAUGGCAUAAAAGCCAACAUUUGGUGUUGUAUUUUUUAUUUUGAUGUGUAAAAAAAAAAAAAAAAAAAACAUUCAUUCCUGUGUAUG